AUGUCCUCAACAAUGACCCUGACGAUGCCUGCCCUCCCGCAACCAAGACUCAGCACAAUCCCCUGCUGCCCCAGCUGCGGCAACGACCUCUCCCUCUCCUUCAUCCCAAAGGACCUCUCCACCCCCGAUGCCCAGGCGACCGCCCUCACCGCCGCCCAGAAGCAGAUCGAAGACCUCGAGGCCCAGGUCCGCCUCCUGAACCAGAAGGCCACCGCCGCCGUCGACCGCUGGGCAGACUACGAGGACGAGCUGGGCAAGCUCAAGUCCGAGCUCAAGAGGCGGAACAACAGCGCCCCCGCCGCCAGGCCCCAGACGCCCACCCUGCGCGAGACGCCCUCGUCCCCGGCCACCAACAGCACCCUCGGCAGCCCCAGCGCCGCCGUCACGAGCUUCGCCUCCGCCGCGAGCAGCCGCAUCUCCGCGUACCUGUCCCGCAAGUCGACCCCGAACCUCAAGGCCCAGCAAGGCCACCAGAGCUCGCUGAGCACCUCUUCGCUCCUCCCGCAGCCCGCGGGGCCGGCCGCCGGCAGCCCAGGCCACCAGAGCAGCCGGAGCACAUCCUCCCUCGCACCACCACGGACGCCCGGCGGGAACGGAAGCAACGGGCCACCGCCACCCCUGACGCCCCUGACGCUCUCCCUGUCGGGCGGCAAGGUGACCUGGACUCCCGGCCACAGCCCGGCCCCCUCGAGCGACGACCUGCUGGAGGCGCUGACGCGCGAGCAGCAGCUGCGGCUGGCGGCCGAGGGCAAGCUCAACGACUCGAGCAAGGAGAUCGAGGACCUGAGCGUGACUCUGUUCGAGCAGGCCAACGAGAUGGUCGCCAGCGAGCGGCGGGCCCGCGCCCGCCUCGAGGAGCGCGUCGGCGAGCUCGAGCGCCGCGAGGGCGAGAAGAAGAGGCGCCUCGAGAGGCUCGAGCAGGCCAUGGGCCGCAUCGAGAGGGCGCGCGCGCUGCUGAAUGGGGGGAGCGACGGCGGUGGGGCGGACAAGAGGGUUAGUGCGUGA